GGCUCUCGGCGCAGGACACCGCACACAGCAACGACGCUGAGGCGGCGGCAGGAUGGAGAAAAUGAGCGGAGCAAAUGAAGAACGCCGCUCUCCAGUCCUCAUCGAAAGCCGGGCGCCGUGGACACCGACGAGACGCGUGUGCUUAUCACCUGCCGACAGCGGGACGCCGGCAAGGGCCUUGCCGGACGAGAAACCCGAAAAGCCCGAGGACGCCCAGCACGGACCGAACGCCGACGCAACCGAUGGCGCGAAAUCUUCGUCGUCUGCGGAGUCGUCAAGCAGCCGCAUCGUUGCGAGUCCGGACAGCGCGGUUGUCGUCGAGUCUACCAUCGGCAGCACGUCAUUGUGCGACAGCCAGGACGCCACGUCGGUGACGUCCCUCAGGGCCACGAGCGGCGGCAGAGGCCGCCAAAGGAGUCCGGCGGAAGCAGCAGCAUAUCAAGCCCGCCGGCUCCGAGCGAUUAGGACCUUCUGGCGGAUGCACAAGAAUGCGAUGCUCAUUGCCUUCUUCGUGCUCUUCAUCGUUGGCUGCCUCAUGGCUACCGCAGUAGACCGCAGGCGGACGGCCCUCGCUGAUUUGGCGGCCGCGGCCAUGGCGCCGUCCCAGAAAGAUGCCAGACACGUGAAGGACGCGCCGGUCGUGGCCACAGUCCCUUUCUCCAAGUGGAAGUCAGUGAUGAUGGGCCCAGCUGCCCGCGCCAUCUCGACGACGCCAUCCGCUCACGGUGGGGAUGGCGACGAUGGAGAACUUUCUCCAGUUCCCACGUCCGUUGAGACCGAAGCUAGUGGCGACGCGAGUGACGCACUAGACAACGUCGAGGCGCACGAUGAAGAGACGCCGUGGACAGCUGCGGGUCGACUCGAGUCGACCAGGACGACCGGGAGGCAGCGCAGGCGGCUGCCGGCUGUCUCGACGAGUAAGCGGCGGCCGCUCCGUGAGCUUUCUCCAGGGCAAAGCCGUGACCCCGACGAAGGCGACACAGGGCCCGGCAACAGGAUGCAUGCUCCCUCUUUACCGAGGGACGCAUUGCACGACCCCUUUGGCAGUUUGACCAAUGAUCGGUGCGGAGCGGUUCGGUACACCUUCUGCCCUCGCCUGCGCCGCGAGGUGUUCUAUGAUCGCAAGAGCCGCGACUGCGUCGCAGUCAUAACAGCCGCGGAACACGACGCAGAAAAAGAAGUGGCGUCGAGGGUUGCGGCCCGGUACCAGCACACCAGCGCCGACAAGGACGAAGCACCGCUGUGCAACAGCAGUCCGAACCGCUUCUCUUCGCUGGAGAGCUGCCGCCAAAGUUGCCAGCGAAGCGAGUUGCCGGCGGAGCGCUGUUUCGACAAGACCCUCUUCACGGACUGCGGCAGGGAACACGUGCUGUCCACACGGUGGUACUUCGACGGACGCCGGUGCCGCGAGUGGCAUUUCCCUGCUGGCCGCUGUCCCACUGCGCAGGCGUUCCGCAGCCGAGCGCAGUGCGCAAGGACUUGUGCAGCAUCAGCUGUGGGGCCUCAGAAAAAAAGCCCACAAAACGAUCGGUGCGGCCCCGCCCCGUCUCGGCCAUGCAAUGAGCGCCAGCUGCGCUUCCUUUACUUCGCUGACGUGGCCUCGAGUGACGGUCAAGUUCGGUGCCUGAAGGCCUCGCAAGCUACACUCGUCGGCCGCCGCUGUCUCGUUGGACCAAACCGCUUCGAAGACGUGGCCAAGUGCCGGGCAGCUUGCGUACGUGGCGGUGACGAAGGCGCAGACCGCCAUUAACGCGAUUCCCACCGAAAAGACGGGGCCCGGGCACAAGCGGCGAGCCUAGCACAAAAAUUUGAAGGCACACGCAAGAAAUUA